GACAAAAUGGGUACUCAACAUUCUAGUCCUCCUUCUCCUCCUCCACCUCCUCCACCUCUUCCUCCUCCUCGAGCUGUGCCUGCAGGCCGUGACAUUAGAAUUGUCAUGAUUGGAAAAACUGGAGCAGGUAAAAGUGCUACUGGAAACACCAUUCUGGGCGAAAACACUUUUACAUCUCUUCCAAUAGGUAGCUCAGUGACUGAGAGUUGUGUUAAAGAAAGAAUUCAUGAUAACAGAUGGAUAUAUGUGGUGGACACACCAGGACUGUUAGACACAGAGAAGACUCCAGCGUAUAUUGAAAGAGAGAUAGUGAGGUGUCUUCAAGAGUCAGCCCCUGGUCCUCAUGCUUUCUUGCUGGUUGUGGAGGCAACAACAUGGAGAGAGGAGGAUCAGAAUACUGUGGACGAUCUGGAGAGGCUCUUUGGACCAGAGAUCUUCAAGUUCAUGAUUGUGCUCUUUACUCACGGUGAUAAACUUGGGGGUCAAACAAUUGAAACCUUUGUACGUGAUGGUGAUCUGCAAGUUCGAGCAAUUCUAGAACGCUGUUCUGGCAGAUUCCAUGUUUUCGACAAUACAAAAAGUCCCGACGAUAGAAAUCAUAGAGAUCAAGUUGUUGAUCUGGUCACUAUGAUUGACAAAAUGGUGGCAGUAGCUGGAGGAGGAUACUUCCAUAGAAAAAAUAGAAUAGAAUGGGCUUGUACACUCUGGUAAACUCAUUGGUACACUUAGUCGGCGGAGGGGAAGACAUGCCCAGGUUUUAUACGAGAGGAAGGGGAAGGCUCAACAAAUCACACAAGUUGACUCAACACUCACAAUGGCUGCCAGUCCAACCAUUAUGCCAUAAUUGACUUGAAUUUAGUCAUUCUACUUCUAUGGGUAUUUCAGACAUGGAAGAUUAAGCUUAUGUUUACAAAAAUAAGAUUUGAAGACAUCAUCCAGGCAUUGGAUUCCAGCAAAACAAGAUACAAAAAUGAUCUGCUAACAAACAUGUUCAGUGAUAGAGCUCUUAGGUUGCAGUAAUAUUCAAAGUAUGUUAGGAAUAAACAUAUAGAAUUGGAGCGUAAGUACAAAAUGUAUAAGAAAAACAUUGUUUUGCAUAAUACAUGUUGAUCUAUUGUAAGAAAUCCUGUCAAUACAAUUUUUUAAAUUGAUAGUGAGCAUGGUAAAUUCUGAUGAAAAACAAUAAACCUUGACAAUCAC